UUCUCUUCUUACCAACAAGCCCAAAAAAAAAAAUCCCUGUUUUCUCAUGGCUCGUUUCCUCUCAAAUCCCUUAACCCGAACCCGAAUUCUGACCCGACCCGUAUUCUCCCCACCUCUUCUCCUCACUCUCCGGCACCGUUCAAACUCCAAUCGCUCCGGCGGUGGAUCCGGUGAUGGUGGAGGUGAACCACCUCACCCUCAGUUAAUCGAGAUCGACCUAGAUUCGUCAUCUAGUGGAUCGGACGGUGGGGUAAAGAAGUUGGAGGAGGUAAUCCAUUCGGUUAUCGUGAGGCGUUCUGCUCCAGAUUGGUUACCUUUUUUGCCUGGAUCAUCUUACUGGGUUCCACCUCCACAACCGUACGUGAAAGUUGGGGGAAUACAUAGUAAUCGUGGUGAUUUUGAUCCUCAUAGGAUACUAGAGGUUGUUGGGAAAAUGGCUGCUGUGAAGAGUCAUUUUGGUUCUGCUUCUUCGUUAUCGGCUUCCUCUUUGUUAUCAGAGGAUGAAACGAGGUCGGUUUCUCGUGUUCGUGGAUGGCCUUCGUCCUCGUUUUUUACUGGAGGACCUGCUUUCCCAACCCCAGUGCAGGUGGUGGAAGUGGAGGUGAAGCUUGAGGACAACCCGGAUAAUGAUUCUAAAUCUGAGGACGAAGGAUAAAUGACCUGUCUGUGUAGUGAGCUUCUGUAGCUUAGUAACCUUGUAAAUUCUUUGAAAACCUGGAAAACAUAAGAAGCUGCUUACCUCAUGAAGGAGGAGCAAACAAAGUUACACGGAUCAGAGUUUGGGGUUUUAGUUCUUUAAUCCGCGCUCUUGUUCAAUGUAGUGGUUCAAGUUACACAGAUCGGAGUUUGGGGUUUUAGUUCUUCAAUCCGCGCUCUUGUUCAAUGUAGUGGUUCAAUGCUCAACCUAGCUAGAAAAAAUCUAUGUAUUUAUGAUGGUGUUUGAACUCUAUGAUCUGGAAAAUAAUCAGCCUGCUUAGUUUAACGCUGUUUGCUUUAUGUCCAAUGAGUUGUCGCCGUAGCUUUAACCUGUUGUUGGUCAGCUUAUCAUCUAUUACGACGCUAUAUUAUGCCCUAUUGAAGAA